GGAGGCAGGCGGUCCCUACCGCAGGCGCGGGGAGCUGCCUUUCCGCCCCUCUGCCUGCUUUCCAAGCCUGGGCUUUUAGGAGUGGCUGAAGCUGCGGGGCGCUUCAGGAGACUGUGAAUGAACCCUCCUCCUCUUCCUCCUCCUCCUCCUCGCUGAGUCUCCUCCUCGGUGCUGACGGUACAGUGAUAUAAUGAUGAUGGGUGUCACAACCCGCAUUUGAACUUGCAGACGAGCUGCCCCGAGCCUUUCUGGGGAAGAACUCCAGGCGGGCGGGCGCAACAGCCGCGAACAUUAGGUGCGGUGGACAGGCGCUGGGACCCGAAUCUGCCGUCAGCCCCGCGUCCUCCAGCACCAUCCCGCACCCUCCGCACCCUUCCCCAGACCGCCGCGCUUCCUAUGUGACCCGCCCCGCCAACGCCGAGCCCAUUCGCGCAGCGCUGAGGUGAAUUUUUCCCCCAAACUGCAAUAAGCCGCCUUUCAAGGACAAGAUGUUGAUAACUAUAAAGAGCAUCUUAUGGAUGUGCUCUACCUUAAUAGCUGCCCAUGCACUACAUAAAGUCAAAGUGGAAAAAAGCCCACCUGUUAAGGGCUCACUCUCUGGAAAAGUCAACCUACCGUGUCAUUUUUCAACCAUGCCUACCUUACCACCCAGUUACAACAACAACAGUGAAUUUCUCCGAAUCAAAUGGUCUAAGAUUGAAUUGGACAAGAACGGAAAAGAUUUAAAGGAGACUACUGUUCUUGUGGCCCAAAAUGGGAAUAUCAAGAUUGGUCAGGGCUACAAAGGGAGAGUGUCAGUACCUACACAUCCCGAGGACGUGGGCGAUGCCUCCCUCACCAUGGUCAAACUGCUCGCCAGUGACGCGGGCCUCUACCGUUGCGAUGUCAUGUAUGGGAUUGAAGACACACAAGACACAGUGUCACUGACCGUGGAUGGGGUUGUGUUUCACUACAGGGCGGCGACCAGCAGGUAUACUCUGAAUUUUGAGACUGCACAGAAGGCUUGCUUGGAUAUUGGGGCUGUCAUAGCAACCCCAGAGCAGCUCAACGCUGCCUAUGAAGAUGGAUUUGAGCAAUGUGAUGCAGGCUGGCUGUCUGAUCAGACCGUCAGAUAUCCCAUCCGGACUCCCCGAGAAGGCUGUUACGGAGAUAUGAUGGGCAAGGAAGGAGUUAGGACCUACGGAUUCCGUGCUCCUCAUGAAACUUAUGAUGUGUAUUGUUACGUGGACCAUCUGGAUGGGGAUGUGUUCCACAUCACUGCUCCCAAUAAAUUCACCUUUGAGGAGGCUGCCGAAGAGUGUGAAAACCAAGAUGCGCGCCUGGCGACGGUGGGGGAGCUCCAAGCAGCGUGGAGGAACGGCUUCGACCAGUGCGAUUACGGGUGGCUGUUGGACGCCAGCGUUCGCCACCCUGUGACUGUGGCCAGGGCCCAGUGUGGAGGUGGUUUGCUUGGGGUGAGAACCCUGUAUCGUUUUGAGAACCAGACAGGCUUCCCUCCCCCUGAUAGCAGAUUUGAUGCCUACUGCUAUAAACCUAAACAGAAUGUAUCAGAGGCUACAACCAUCGAACUGAGUAUGCUUGCAGAAACUGUCUCACCCACUUUAUCGGAAGAACCACAAAUGGUCCCUGACAGAACUAUACCAACCGCCCCUUUAAUCACCGAAUUACCUGUCAUUACAACCAAAUUCCCUCCUGUGGGAAAUAUAGUCAAUUUUGAACAGAAAGCCACAGUUCAACCUCAAACUGUCACACACAGCAUAGCCACCGAAUCACCCACACUUGCUGGGGGUACCAAGAAGCCUUGGGAUAUGGACUAUUACUCACCUUCUGCUUCAGGACCUCUUGGAAUGCCAGACAUACCUGAAAUUAAGGAAGAAGUGCCCCAAAGUACACCUGUCAUCUCCCUUCAUACCACUGUUUCAUGGGAUGGUGUCAUGGAAGAGAUACAAACACAAGAAUCAGUUACACAAAUUGAACAAAUAGAAGUGGGUCCCUUGGUAACAUCCAUGGAAAUAUCAAAGCACACUCCUCCCAAGGAAUUCUCUGUAAGUGAAACCCCAUUUGUACCUACAACAAGGACGCUGGAAUCCAAAACUGAAAAGAAAACAGUAAGCACUGUUUCUGAAUCAGUGACCACAAGUCACUACGGAUUCACCUUGGGAGAAGAUGAUGGUGAAGACAGAACAUUUACAGUUAGAUCUGGUCUGAGUACCUCGGUCUUUAGUCAAAUGCCUGAAGUCGUUACAGUGUCAAAGACUUCACAAGACACCACCCACACUCAACUAGAGGAUGUGGAGUCGGUCUCAGGACCAACCAUUGUUUCACCUGUAACUGUGCCUGACGGUGAGGGGUCGUCCACGGACAGCUGGGAAGAGAAACAAACUAAUGGUAGGAAAACUGAAGAUUUUCUUGGCCAGGAUGUGUUCGCCACACCUUUCCCAUCAUGGCAUCAUACAGAAGUAGAAUUGUUUCCUUAUUCUGGUGAUCAAAGAUUAGUCGAGGGAACGUCUACAGUUAUUUAUCCCUCUCCACAGACAGGAAGAGAAAGAACGGAAACACUAAGACCAGAGAUGAGAACAGUUAUACUGACUUCCACUGAUGAUGAAAUACAAGAAAAAAUCACUAAAGAUCCAUUUAUAGGAAAAAUAGAGGAAGAAGGCUUUUCUGAAAUGAAGUUCUCUACAGUUUCCUCAGAGCAACUUCAUCUUACAGAGUCCUCGGUGGAAAUGACCGAAUCUUUUGAUUCCCCAGCACUGACAACAACGAAGCCAAGUGUGGCACCAACAGAGGCAACAGAUGUGAAGAAAGACUUUACAACAACUCCGGCUGAAUUAGGAACAGAUGGCUUUGGAGACACCACAAAGUAUGAUGAGAGUAUUACAACAGUGCAUCUGACCCAAAGCACUUUAAAUGUAGAGGUGGUCACUGUGUCAAAAUGGUCAUUGGAUGAAGGUAGCACAACAUCCAAGCCCUUAGAGUCCACAGAGCAUGCAGGCUCUCCAACAUCGCCCCCUGCCUUACUCACCGCUAUGGGAGUGAGUGGAGAGGAUAAAGAAAUCCCAAGUUUUACUGAAGAUGGAAGAGAUAAAUUUACUCUUAUCCCAGACAGUACUCAGAAGCCAUUAAAGGAGUUUACUGAGGAAGACAUCACAGACCGUGAAAAAUUCACAGUUAGAUUUCAGCCAACUACAUCAACUGGUAUUGCAGAAAAGUCAACUUUGAGAGAUUCUACGACUGAAGAAAAAGUUUCACGUCUCGCAAGCACAGAAGGCCAAGUUGUUUAUACAACCAUGGAAGGAAGUGCUUUGGAUGAAGGAGAAGAUAUGGAUGUGUCUAAGCCUAUAUCUACUGUCCCCCAAAUUGCACACACUUUGGAUAUGGAAGGAUCAGCAUUUGUUAAUUAUAGUAGCACCCAGGAGCCUACUACUUAUGUAGACUCUUCCCAUACCAUUCCUCUUUCUGUAAUUCCCAAAACAGAAUGGGGAGUGUUGGUACCUUCCAUUCCAUCAGAAGAUGAAGUUCUGGGUGAACCCUCUCAAGACAUACGUGUGAUUGAUCAGACUCACCUGGAAGCUACUGCUUCUCCUGAAACUGUAAGAACAGCGACGGAAAUUACACAGGGAACAACUCAGGAAGGAUUCCCUGGGAAAGGAUGGACUCCAGAGAAACCAGUUCCUACUCUCAGUUCUACAGCUGACACAGCCAAGGAGACAGUGACACCUUUGGAGGAACAGGAGAGUGAUGGGUCAGCAUAUACAGUCUCUGAAGACAGAUUGGUGACAGGUUCUGUGACAGUCCCAGUUUUAGAAACAACUCCAAUUGGAGAAGUUGAACAAAGUAUAUCUUUUCCACCUGGUGCUGUCACUGAGCACAAAGCAAAAACAGAUAAAAUGCUAACACUAACACCAAGUGUGGGGCCAAAGGUGUCUUUAAGUCCAGGACCUGAACAAAAAUAUGAAACAGAAGGUACCAGUCCAAGGGCAUUUGCAUCACCUUUUAGCACCAGUGUUACCCAGGCUACAGAGGAAACCACUACUGAGAAAAGAGAGAAAACAUCCCUAGAUUAUAUUGAUUUAGGCUCAGGAUUAUUUGAAAAGCCCAAAGCCACAGAACUCCCAGAAUUUCCAGCAAUUAAAGCCACAGUUCCAAGUGACAUCACUGCUGCCUUCAGUUCAGUAGACAGAGUUCACACAACUUCAGCAUCCACUGAGAAACCACCUCUCAUUGACAGAGAGCCUGAUGAAGAAACAACCAGUGACAUGAUCAUCAUUGAAGAAUCGACAUCUCGUGUUCCUCUUACUACCCUUGAGGAUAUUGUAGCCAAGGAAACAGAAACAGAUAUUGAUAGAGAAUAUUUCACAACUUCAAGUACUCCUUCUGCUACGCAGCCAACAAGACCACCCACUGUGGAAGGCCAGGAAGCCUUUAGACCACAGGCACUUUCCACUCCAGAACCCCCAGCAGGGACAAAAUUCCACCCUGACAUAAAUGUUUAUAUUAUUGAGGUCAGAGAAAACAAGACAGGUCGAAUGAGUGAUUUGAGUGUAAUUGGUCAUCCAAUAGAUUCAGAAUCUAAAGAAGACUGUAGUGAAGAAACAGACCGAAGGCAUGAGUUAAUUGCUGAAAUUUUACCUGAGUUAAUUGAAAUUGAUAUAUACCACAGUGAAGAAGAUGAAGGGGAAGACGAGGACUGUGAGAACGCUACUGACGUCACAACCACGCCCUCCGUGCAGUACAUAAAUGGGAAGCAUCUAGUCACCACUGUGCCCAAGGACCCAGAGGCUGCUGAAGCUAGGCGUGGCCAGUUCGAAAGUGUUGCACCCUCUCGGAAUUUUUCAGACAGCAGUGAAACUGACGGUCAUCAGUUUGUAAUCACCAAGACUGGCUUGUCUACUGCCAUGCAACCUAAUGAAUCUAAAGAAACAACUGAAAUCCUUGAAAUUACAUGGAGACCUGAGACUUACCCUGAAACAACAGAACAUUUUUCAAGUGGCGAGCCUGAGAUUUUCCCCACAGUCCCAGUCCCUGAGGGAGAAGCCUCAGAGGGACCAGAGUCAAUCACAAAGAAAAGUCCUGAGCUUGAUUACCUGAUGCACCAGCAUACUGAAUUGGUACCUCUUUUUCCUGAAGAGUCUUCGGGAAAUGCUGGCAUUGACCAAGAAUCUCAGAAAAUAGUCUUUUCAAGGGCUACAGAAGGAACAUUUGGUGAAGAGGCAGGAAGAAGUACUUUCAGCACGUACACCCCAAGUGCUGUUCCAAGUUCUGCAUCAGCAGAAGUUUCAGAGGAAGUAUCGUUUACCUUAACAGGAAGUCCACGGCCUGAUGAGCCACUGUCCACGGCGGAAAGCUGGGUGGAAAUAGCCCUUAGACAAAGUGUAGAGUUCUCGGGGAGUCCUUCUAUUCCAAUUCCAGAAGGCUCUGGGGAAGCAGAAGAAGAUAAAGAUAAAAUGUUUGCCAUGGUAACUGAUUUAUCACAGAAAAAUACUACGGAUUCACUUGUUACUUUAGACACUAGCAAGACAAUGAUCACAGAAAGCCUUUUGAAUGUUCCUACACCCACGGUUUAUUUGGUUUCUGAACAGCCUUCUGCCGUAGUGCCUACCAAGUUUGUAAGGGAGACAGACACUGUUGAGUGGGUCUUCAGGAUAUCUCCUGAGGGAAAGGAGAGGGAAGAUGAGGAGAAGGGAACUACAGGUACAGCUUCUACAGUUGAGGUACAUUCGCCCACUCAGAGAUCAGAUCACUUAAUGUUACCCUCUGAAUUCGAAAGCUCAAGUGAAGUGACAGCUAGUGCUUCAGCCUCUGCUACCAGGAAGAGUUUUAUGUCCUUGACGACACCCACACAGUCUGAAAGGGAAAUGACAAGUUCUACUCUUGUCUUUACAGAAACAAAUGUUUUAGACAGUCUGGGGGCACAGACCACCGAGCCCAGCAGUAGCAGGCAACCUGGGGCUUGGGAAGGGCUGUCCAUUGUCCCAGGGAGCCCCGUUUCUCUCUUUAUGGAGCUGGGCUCUGGAGAAACUGCUGCCGACCCAGAAACCACCACUGUUUCUUCAUUUUCAUUGAAUGUAGAGUCUGAAAUUCAAACCCAAAAGGAAACAGCUGGCACUUUGUCCCCACAUGUGGAAACUCUAUUCCCUUUUGAGCCAACUGGACUGGAUUUGAGUACUGCAAUGGACAGAGAGGUUGCUGAAAUUAUAAGCCAAACAUCCAAGGAAAACUUGAUUUCAGAGAUCUCAGGGGAGCCAAAUCAUGGGGCAGAAAUAAAGGGCUUUUCUACAGAUUUUCCUUUGGAGGAAGAUUUCAGUGGUGACUUUAGAGAAUACUCAACAGUGUCUACUCCCAUAACAAAAGAAGAAACAGUCAUGGUGGAAGGCUCUGGGGAUGCAGCAUUUAAUGAUACCCAAAUUUCACCAUCUGUAAUACCUACUUCGGCCCACGUUUAUCACAGAGCUGACUCAGAAGAACCUGGUCGCACUGUGGUCAGCACUUCAGCCUUCCCUUGGGAAGAGUUCCCAGCCUCAGCUGAGGGCUCAGGUGAGCAGCUGGUCUCACUAAGCAGCUCUGGUGACCAAGUGUUUCCCAGUGCUGUGGGAAAUGUCUCCAAUACAGAUUCCCCAACUAUUGACCAAGGAUUGGGAGAAGAAGGUGCUAUCGAUGAAGCUGAUAAAAGAUCCACCAUUUUGCCAACAGUGGAAGCUGAAAGCACUAAAGCUUCAGUGGAAAAGGGAGAAGUGGAGGUUGACGGCAUGGAUUCAGUGGACUUUCCCCAGACCGUGGAGCCAGACACAUUAUGGGUCACACAAGAAAUCAACCCUGUAAGGCAAGGAAAUGAAAGUGAAGUAGUGGCAGAAGAAAAGAUCCGAGAUCAGAAGUCCCUUGAAUCUCCUCAAAGCUCUGUUGCACCAGAACAAACAAGUUUUGAUUCACAAACAUUUAUUGAAAUUGGACUCCAAAGCACAGAUUAUUCUACACUGACAACCAAGAAAACUUACAGCACUGAUAAGGAAAUGGAGGAGGAAGGCAUUUCCUUAGGUGGCAUGUCUACUCCAAAUCUAGACUCACCGGGCUUGGAAUCAUACACAACUCUUCCUGAAGUUACUGAGAAAUCCCAUUUUUUCUUAGCUACUGCCUCGGUGACUGCAUCAGUACCAGCUGAAAGUGUAAUUACAGGUUCAACAAUCAAAGAGGAAGAAAGUAGGAAACCCUUUCCCAAAGUUAUGAGACCAAUAGUUAAAGAGUCAGAUACUGAUCUUUUAUUCUCUGGACUGGGAUCAGGAGAAGAAAUUUUGCCAACCACAGUAUCAGUGAAUUUUACUGACAUGGAACAAGUCACUAGCACAUUAUAUCCCCAGACUUCUCAAGUGCAAAGUUUUGAAACCAGCACCCUAAAUGGUACAACUGGAGACUAUGAGGGAAUGGGAGUUGUGGAAAGUGAAAUUAGACCACUCAUUUCCCAAACAAACAGCAUUUUUGAAGAUAGUGAGACAGCAGCCAGCACAACCUUCCUAGAAAUUUUAAGUGACACCAGAACUGAAGGGCCCUCUCCAGCACCUCUCACUUUCUCCACAGACACUGAACAUCGAACAAGUCAGACACACCAUUGGGCAGAAGAAAUCCAGACUAGUAGACCACAGCCUAUGGCUGAUCAAGUCUCUAAAGAGAAUUCUUCAACAGCAGAAACUGAAGGAGCAGCAACCUCUUCCACUGAUUUUCUGGCUAGAACCCCUGGUCUUGAAGUGGCCAAAGGAUUUGUUACAUCAGCACCAAAACCAUCUGACUUGUUUUAUGAACAUUCUGGAGAAGGAUCUGGGGAAUUGGAUAUGGUUGAUUUAGUCCACGCUUCUGGAACUACUCAGGCAAGUAGGCGAGGAAGCACCACAUUUGUUUCUGAUAGAUCACCAGCAAAACAUCCUGAGGUUCCAAGCGCUAAGGCUGUUACCGUUGAUGGAGUCCCAACAAUUUCAAUGAUGCCUCUUCAUCCAGAGCAGAAUGAAAGCUCCCCGGAUCCAACUAGCACACUGUCAAGUACAACGUCAUAUGAGAGGUCCACAGAAGGUACUGCAGAUAGUGUCCAAGACCACUUCAGGGGAUUCGAGGAUUCUACCUUAAGACCUGACAGAAGAAAAGCCGCUGAAAAUAUUAUUAUAGAUCUGGACAAAGAGGACAAGGAUUUAAUUUUGACAAUUACAGAGAGUACCAUCCUUGAAAUUCUGCCUCAGCUGACGUCAGAUAAAAAUACUAUCAUAGAUAUUGAUCACACUAAGUCUAUAUAUGAAGACAUCCUGGGAAUGCAAACGGACAUCGAUCCAGAGGUACCCUCAGGACAACAUGGCAGUUAUGAAGACAGUACUCAAGUUCAAGAGAAGUAUGAGGCAGCUGUUAACCUCUCUUUAACUGAGGAAGACUUUGAGGCCUCUGGUGAUACUCUUCUGUACAGUCAGGCAACACAAAAUGAAUCAGUGACUCCUGAAGACCGAAGUCAGUUAGAUCACCUGGGCUCUGUCUUCACAACUGGAAUCCCCAUCCCUAGCACAGAAACAGAAUUAGAUGUUUUGCUUCCCACAGCAACAUCCUUGCUCAUUCCCAGUAAGUCUGCCACAGUUAAUCCAGAGAUUGAAGAACCAAAAAUGGAAGCAAAAACCCUGGAUGACAUCUUUGAAUCAAGCACUUUGUCUGAUGGUCAAGCUAUUGCAGACCAAAGUGAAAUAAUAGCAACUUUGGGCCAUUUGGAAAGGACACAGGAUGAGGAUGAAGAAAAGAAACAUGUAGGUCCUUCUCUUCAGCCAGAAUUCUCUUCAGGGGCUGAGGAGGCGCUGAUAGAACCUACCUCCUACGUAAGUAUUGGUACUACCUACCUGAUGGCUCAGAGUUUAACAGAGGCACCUGAUAUGAUGGAAGGAUCCAAUCCCCCAGAUUCCACUGAUACAUCAGCAGUUUCAGCCUUUGCAAAGCUGUCUUCUCAGACACCAUCAUCUCCUCCACUCACUGUCCACUUAGGCAGUGGAGCCUCUGAACACUCAGAGGGCCCCCAGCCAAGUGCUCUGCCGCGUGCAGAUGCUGGCAUAUCUCAAGUACCCCCAAGAAAACCUACAUAUGUUGAAGCAACUUUCAAACCCUCAAGUGAAGAGUACUUUCACAUAACUGAGCCUCCAUCCUCAUCUCCUGACACAGAAUUAGAGUCUUCGGAAAAUGAAAGUCAACCUACAUUAUUAAAACAAACGGAAGCGUCUACUACCACAGAACUAAAUGCUCAAAAAGAAAUUGAGAUUGUCCAGGAUUCCCAAAACGAAACCAGUACUCAACUUUCUGGAGAAACAGUCAAGGUAUUUCCCAGUAUUAAAAUACCUGAGUCUGGGACUGUUGUCACAGCUGCAACUGAAGUUAAGUUAGAAGGUGCUACGCUAUGGCCACACUCUACUUCUGCUUCUGUGAUUUAUGGGGUUGAGGCAGGUGUGAUGCCUCAGCCCAGCCCACAGACUUCUGAGAGGCCCACCGUUCCUUCUUCUCUGGAAAUAAACCCUGAAACACAAGGAGUUUUGAUCAGAGGGGAGGAUUCCACAGUAGCAACAUCAGAACAGCAAGUGUCGGCGAGAAUUCUUGAUUCUGAUAAUCAGGCAACACUAAGCACCACAGAGUUAAAUACUGAGCUUGCAACACCACCAUUUCCCCUUCUGGAAACUUCUAAUGAAACCAGUUUCCUGAUUGGCAUUAAUGAAGAGUCAGUGGAAGGCACAGCAAUCUAUUUACCAGGCCCAGACCGUUGCAAAACGAACCCGUGCCUUAAUGGGGGCACCUGUUAUCCUACUGAAACUUCCUAUGUGUGCACCUGCGUGCCAGGAUACAGUGGCGACCGAUGUGAACUUGAUUUUGAUGAAUGUCACUCGAAUCCCUGUCGCAAUGGAGCCACAUGUGUUGACGGUUUUAAUACAUUCAGGUGUCUCUGCCUGCCGAGCUACAUUGGUGCACUUUGUGAGCGAGACACAGAGACAUGUGACUACGGCUGGCACAAAUUUCAAGGGCAGUGCUACAAGUACUUCGCCCAUCGACGUACGUGGGAUGCAGCUGAACGGGAAUGCCGUCUGCAGGGCGCCCAUCUCACAAGCAUUCUGUCUCAUGAAGAACAAAUGUUUGUGAAUCGUGUGGGCCAUGAUUAUCAGUGGAUAGGCCUCAAUGACAAGAUGUUUGAGCACGACUUCCGUUGGACUGAUGGCAGUACACUGCAAUAUGAGAACUGGAGGCCCAACCAGCCAGACAGCUUCUUUUCUGCUGGAGAAGAUUGUGUUGUCAUUAUUUGGCAUGAGAAUGGCCAGUGGAAUGAUGUUCCCUGCAAUUACCACCUCACCUAUACCUGCAAGAAAGGAACAGUUGCUUGCGGCCAGCCCCCUGUUGUAGAAAAUGCCAAGACCUUUGGAAGGAUGAAACCUCGUUAUGAAAUCAACUCCCUGAUUAGAUAUCACUGCAAAGAUGGUUUCAUUCAGCGCCACCUUCCAACUAUCCGUUGCCUAGGAAAUGGAAAAUGGGCUAUGCCUAAAAUUACCUGCCUGAACCCAUCUACAUACCAAAGGACUUAUUCUAAGAAAUACUUUAAAAAUUCCUCAUCAGCAAAGGACAAUUCAAUAAAUACAUCAAAACAUGAUCACCGUUGGAGCCGGAGGUGGCAAGAGUCAAGGCGCUGAUCCCUAAAAUGGCGAACAUGUGUUUUCAUCAUUUCAGCCAAAGUCCUAACUUCUUGUGCCUUUCCUAUCACCUUGAGAAGUAUUAUCAGUUGGUUUGGAUUUUGGGACCAACCGUCCAGUCCUUUUGGGUUGCUGUGCUCCCCAAAAUAUUUUCAAUGAAAGUUCUAGCAUUCAAAAAGAAAGCAAACGAAAUGAAAGAAAACGAGGGCAGAAAGUAACCACUUCCAGCCUAUCUAAUUUCUUUAGUUUUCUAUUUGCCUCCAGUGCAGACCAUUUUAUAAUGUAUACCAGCCUACUGUACUAUUUAAAAAGCUCAAUUUCAGCACCAAUGGCAAUGUAAAUAAGAUGAUUUAAUGUUGAUUUUAAUCCUGUAUAUAAAAUAAAAAGUCACACUGAGUUUGGGCAUAUUUAAUGAUGAUUAUGGAGCCUUAGAGGUCUUUAAUCAUUGGUUCGGCUGCUUUUUGUAGUUCGUUUAGGCUGGAAAUGGUUUCCCUUGCCCUUUGUCAGCAAGACUGAGGACGGCUUUCCCUGGACAACUAACAGAGUUUUAUAGGUCGCUGCACCGUCUCCACCACGGGUGCGGUUGGCCUGCAUGUGAUGCUGAAUCCUGCCUAACAGGAUCCCAACGGAACUGGAGACUGCAACAUGCAACUCUUUUUUUUGCUGCAUUCCUUUUUCUUCACUUACAAGAAAGGCCUGAAUGGAGGACUUUUCUAUGACCAGGAGCAUUUUUUAGGGGUCAAAGUGCUAAUUAUUAACGCAACCAGGUCUACUUUUUAAUGGCUUUCAUAACACUAACUUGCAAGAUUACAGAUCAACACGUUUCAAGUGGAUCUAGACUUAGGGCUCUGGAGGGAGGGGGAUUGUUAAAACAACACCACACGUUCAAAGAAAGAAAUUUUGUAUAUAUAACCAUUUUAAUCUUUUAUAAAGUUUUGAAUGUUCAUGUAUGAAUGCUGCAGCUGUGAAGCAUACAUAAAUAAAUGAAGUAAGCCAUA